UGAAACCCCAUUCGCAUACCUGGGAGAAACCUAAACAACAAGUCAACAUGACUCACAACGCAAUUGCUGGAUUCUUGCCCGGUGAGUCUGCGCGCAAUCCUUGCUGGAAACACCCUCAAGAAAAUUAAGCGUGAUUUCCAUUACAAGAAGAUGGCAUCGGCCUGUAAUUCUAGGUGGAUCUUUCUCAUUAUGCUUUUCCUGGUAGUAGGAAGUUUUGCUCAAUCUGAAACAUAUUCAAUUAACGUUGAAGGUAAAGAAAUCAACUGCAGAAAAUGCCCACCUGGUCACAGAGUUGCUGAAGACUGUGGGUUGGGCAGUGAUACUGAUUGCACCAGUUGUGAAGAUGGUACAUAUAUGGAUUUCCCAACAGACUUGCGGAAGUGUUUAACCUGCAGGAAACCCUGCGGGCUUCUUGAAGUAGAAACUGCCCCGUGCAUUCCGACCGUGAACCGGGAGUGCCUGUGUAAAGACAAUGCCUAUCAACUGGACGGAGAGUGUAUGCCUCACAGACAGUGUCCACUUGGACACGGAGUUUACAAAACAGGCACAAACAUGUCCAAUGUACUCUGCAAGCGCUGCAUACAUGGUUAUUUCUCAGAUGUAAUUUCAAGCACCGCAACUUGUAAACGGCACACAAACUGCAUUGGAAAUAAUUUGUCAGUCAGGGAAUUCGGAAAUGGGACAGCUGACAACGUGUGUGGACCAAGACCAGUUAAAUCAUUACUUCAGCCUGGACAGGAUCAACAGAACAUUCAGAACCUAACUCCCGAUUCUACAGAUAAAAACAGUAAUGAAUCAAGAUGCCUUCAAGAGUGCUCACACAACAGUCUGUGUCUGAACACACAAACAGUGUCCACCAUAGCAGUGGUGCUGGUUUUACUGUUAACGCUCUGUGUGACUGGUUGGAGCAUGUAUAUAAGGAAGAGAAAGAAACUAAAGAAACAUGUUGCAGAUUUAACACAGGUUGAUAAACACUGGAAAUUUAUGAACAGAGAGACAGGUACAAAGAGAAAUGCAUUGCAUGUUGUAGCAAAUAUGAUUGGCAAAGACUGGACAAAGCUGCUUGGAGAACUUGGCUAUACAAAGGACUGGCGGACUAUACAAGUUGAAAAUAAGUAUGUGUAUGACCAGGCGCUGGAGGGGCUGAGGAUGUGGACACAAUGGGAAGAAAAAUCAUCGCUUGUGCUCUUAAAACAAGCAGCAAAGGCAAUCGAUAGAAAUGACAUCUAUGAAGCACUGGAUUCACUUACAGAUGAAACAACAAAAACGGCUCAUAAAGAAAAAAAAGACACAACUACCAUUCUUCCUUGCGUAAGGGAAAGAAAAUUAUCAUUUGGUGUGACAAGCAACAUUGGUCACCAGCAUUUGAAGAAGCCGCUACUACAAUCAAAUGCCAUUGCAGGAGAAAUAAAUGAAGAUUGAUAAGAGAAAAACUUUUCACACAAAAAAGGGAUUUUUUUUU